AUGGACACGUUUACUAGUCUUCCCUUAGAACUUAUAUCCAGUGCACUCUUGCAUUUACCUAUCGCUGAUCUUCUGGCUCUGCUACGCGUCAGCAAAUUCAUGAACUGGGUUGCAGAGAAGUUACUUUAUAAGAACAUAAAGUUGAUAUGGCGUCAUAAACGGCGAGAGCAAGGAACUAGGGAAGUGAAACAAUCGAGUUUCUUGAAGCUUCACGCGGUGCUCUUCAACAUUUUGCAGAUUCCGCAACGCGGGUCUUACGUUGAACAUCUACACGUCGAUGUUGGUGACCUGAUAAAUGUUUGGGGCCCUCCUGGUCAAACAAAAAUCACGGAGGUGGAGACAGAUCUUUGCAGAAGCGCUAUUGCGAAAACGCCUCUAUGUUCAUCUCAGAGGGAACAAUUGUUCUUAAACCUGGUUGCCGGCGUGCCUAGUGCUUAUAUCUCAUUGUUACUUUUCCAAACGCGUAACAUCAAGUCUCUAGAUAUUGGAUACCCUGGUGAAAGAGCUUCGAAGCUUUAUGGCUUCUGUCAGCGUGUCGAGCCAAGAUCACUUUUCUCAGAAAUGAACUCGAAAGCUACGGAGCAAAGCUGCCUUUGUACGUCGGAUUUUUUACUUCUCGAGCGAUUUCGCUACUCGACAUUGUGGGAUUACCCCUUAUCGCAAACGAAGCCAGCAAAGAUUGAGAUAAACAACUUUCUCCCUAUUUUUAACGCCCCGCGAAUUAAAUCAAUGUUCCUCUACCUUUUCACCACACAAGAAGUAUUUACAACUGUUCCACGCAUUGCUACAACGAUUACGGAACUUGUCCUGCACAAAUAUCUUCUAGGUGACGAUCAGCUAGAGAUGAUUCUACAUGCAACGCCAAAUCUCAACGUUCUUGAGCUAGAUUAUUGGGUCAAAUGUGAUAAGCGACACCGUGGAAAAUCAUUCAUAGAUGUACCGCACUUAUUCAAUAUAUUGAGUGUGGUUGGGUGCUCGUUGAAGCGAUUAAAAUUAUCUUCGAGAUUUUUCUAUCAAGACGGUGUCUACUUGGGCAUCAUUGAAGAAGGUGGUGACUACGAUGACAUUACGACAAGUUGGGGACUAAAAGGUUCAGCGCCGUCAUUGGAAGAUUUCAUACGACUGCAAGUACUCGAGCUUCCAAUAGCGGUGCUUCUUGGGUGGAAACGAAGUCCAGCGGUAGACAUCGGCCAACUUCUGCCACUUAAUCUCCAGGAUUUGGUAUUACGAGAUGAUCUAUGGAAUUGGGAGCGUUAUACCUGGGACUACGAACACGGGGCGCGAACCUUGGUGUACUUCAUAAAUCAAAGUACUCAAAUUAAAAACAAUUUACGACGUAUAACACUCACCAUUUCGUCUAAGAGACCAGGUAUAACCGAUGAGGAAGAAGAACUUCUUGUAGAACUCCUCUCACCAUAUCUCGAGGGUGGGAGUAGCCUAAAGUUCGAUCACGUCAUAUAUGAAGAUGAGUUUACACCAGGAAUUUGUUGUAAUCCUAUCGACACAUAUAGUGAUUCCGAUUAG